CCCGGCAGCAGGCCGCCCCUGCCGCCCCUGCCGCCCCUGCCGCGGCGCUUCCGCUCGCAUUGUCGGGUGGUCGAGAGCGGAGGAAGGUUACCGAAGAGCGAACAUGGGAGUGGAGAUUAAGACCAUAACUGAGGGAGACGGACAGACAUUCCCGAAGAAGGGGCAGCGCGUCGUGGUGCACUAUGUCGGCACACUGGCAGAUGGGAAAGUGUUUGACUCCUCGAGGUCCAGGGGAAAGCCGUUCAAAUUCAAGAUCGGGUACCAGGAGGUCAUCCGUGGCUGGGAAGAAGGAGUAGCCCAGAUGAGCGUGGGUCAGCGGGCCAAGCUCAUCUGCUCGCCAGACUUUGCCUACGGCAGCAAAGGGCACCCGGGGAUCAUCCCACCAAACGCCACUCUCACCUUCGACGUGGAGCUGCUCAGCCUGGAAGCCUGAAAACUUUUGUGCACUCACUUUGUUUUAAUUCCACUUCAAGAUUUUCAGGGUUGACUCCUAUCUUGGGAACACGGAGGAAAAAUAUGUUAACAGAUGAUUCCUUCUCUUGAUCCCUGCAUAGGACCUAUGUCUAUAGCUUCACUAGUUCACUCUCCUUUCCAUUUAGAUACAAAAAGUGUGUUACGUCACUUGCUUUAAAAAAAACUUUAUCCUUCAUACUCUAUACUUUAGAUUCCAUAUAGGUCAUCCCAUGUAUUUUGUCAUAUUCUGCUAUGUAUUUUUAUGGUGAUUUUUCUUUUCUUUUUUUUUGUUAUUAUUUGACUAAAAUUUACAAAAAUGUGUCUGCCAUCAGGACCAGGUUUUAGAUAAGUGUCAUGAAUAUUUAAUCAGUCUCAUUCCUGUGGCUCCGUGGCCUUUACACUAAAAUUGUAUUGAUUGCGGGUAAUGAAUUGUCUUGAAUAUAAAAAAAAAUAAAAUAAAUUGUUGUUUGACACAAUGAUAUUUCUAUGAAUUACCUCUGUGAUACUUGUUAUUGGGUUAAAUUAGAACACAUUGUAACCAGGGAUUCAUGAAUCAAGCACAUUAUUGCCAUGAACAGCCUACAGGUCUGCAGGUGUAGGAGUUUCUCUGUCUAUAUACCGCAGCAUCGAUUCUUAAUUUACAAGCGUAAAACAAUUGAAACAUUUGAAUUGUUAAUUGCUUCCCUUUUUUGUUUUUCCUUUUUUUUUGCCAAAAGAAAAAUAUUUGGUGUCUGGUGAAAAGGUUUCUAAAUGUGCAUGGUAAGUUUCCCCCACAGUUGUAGGCACAUGUUGAGGUUUGUGAUUCAUUUGAAGGAGUUGUGUGUGUGUGUGUAACACGCUGUGGAUGUUGCUGUUCCUUACUCUAAACACAUUAAAAAGAGUAAUUUUAACACAA